GUAUACACACACCAUCGACCAAGUGCAAAUCAAUGGCGUAGUGUAUUGGUUAGUCGUGUGAAUUGUGUUUUGAGUUUUGACACGUCGUUAAAGUCGCGAGGGUAUAGUGACGACGGCCGAGGGGAGACAAUAAGAAUAAUAUUGUCAAAUACAGUGACGAUUAAGUAUAAACAAUUGCGUGAUAUUUCCUUUCAAUGGAAGGUUCAGAAUUAUUUUGAUGCUUGAAAUGUGGGCGUUGGAAAUGGGGCUGCGUAGUGCGUGUGGACAUACGUGCAUGUUCUCGCUCAUCUCGGAGCGUAUAGCGUUGCUGCCUCUCUCCCACCUUGUGGGAUAAUCAAAAAUGUUCCCACACUCUUGGAUCGUCAAGUUGGAUUGCUGCCGCGACCGCAACCUGUCAACAUAAUUCUCGAAAUCUCAAUGCCGCCGCUUUCCCUAUCAUCAAUCUAAUGAUGAUGACAACGACUACGAUAACGGCGACAACGACUUCUACUGGAGCAACGACCACAGACCCAACUUCGUCAAUGUCAACAACGCCAACUGCAACACCAACGACGGCCACUGCAGCGAUAACGACGAUGACGAUGAUGACUCUGACGACUAACGCUCACGGACAAGAACACGGACACGCGGUUGUCGUUUGGGAAUGGGAAAAUCGUCAGGGCCGAUGGAGGCCCUAUAGUCCGGCUGUAUCACAGCAUCUCGAGAGAGCUCACUGCAAAAAACUUACUCGUGUUUUCCUAAAUGAUGCUGAUCCAAAUUUGGACAGGUAUUAUAUAAACCUGAAGACCAAAACACAAUGUAGCGACGAGGGUGAUGAGAUUCACGGAGUAAGAAGAAAAUUCUAUUCACCCGGUUCACCAGCGGGUAAAGGUGCCAAAUGGGAAUGGGCCGGGGACACGGAAGACUGGCACACCUAUGACAUGGAAGUUCAGUGUCUUAUCGAAGAAGCCUGGGCAAUGGGGGACAAAACCAUAGACGUUUCAAAGACUCAUUUGGGUUUUCCUUACAUAAUAAACUUCUGCAAUUUGACUCAAGUUCGCUGUUGCACGGGUUAUGUCCGGCCCAUUCGUAGAGUUCAGCAAGCGCCUUAUCCUCUAGUCAAAGUUGCUUUGGAGGAGCUCCGAUCGACAGUCGCUGCGGCAGCCCGCAACUAUAACUCUCCCAAGGGAUUCGGUUACAUACCACCAAUUUUCAAAAAUCCAAGCGUCAAGCAAUCGCACAAGAAAACUAGUGGUAACACUAAAAAAGCAAAUGGAAAUGGAAAGAAACAGAACAAACAAGGGGAAAAUGGAACUUCCAACAUUGCUCGGGUUAUACUCAACAAUAUUUUCGGUGGUAAACACGUUAGUAUUGGGGGCAACAAUCAUAAUCAUAACAAUAAUAACGCUAUUGCUUCGGGAGAAGGGUGCGAAAUGAAAAAGUCCAAUUGGGAGAGGGUGCUCGAUGCGGAUUCGAGCAGUACAAAAAGCGGUAGAAGACCGAGUGUCGAUACCGUCUCUACAUAUCUCAGUCACGAGAAUCCCGUCGAUCUUUUGGAUAGCAGCGUCGGUAGCGAUGAGGCCUUCAAAGACAACAGUGUCAUGGGAGUGGAUGUCGGAUCAGACGUCAUAUCGCAGUACGUUAAAGUAGUGGAAAGCGUCGGAACGGAUUCGUGUCCUGUUUGUCUAGGGACACCAGAACCCUUGACCGUUGAAUUGACUCGUUGCCAUCACAGGCUGCAUCUUGCUUGUUUAAACGCGAUGCUCAGUUCUCAACGACAACCAAUGUACAUACAAUGUCCGGUUUGUCGUUUGAUCUAUGGUGAAAAACGUGGAAAUCAACCACCCGGAACUAUGAAUUGGACACGGAUACCAAGAGCUCUGCCGGGCUUUCCGCACACCAACACAAUACAGAUUACUUAUGACAUUCCAUCAGGAAUUCAAGGACCUGAACAUCCAAAUCCUGGACAGACGUACUACGCUGUUGGAUUUCCCCGCGUUUGUUACUUACCUGACAACGAUCAAGGUCGCAGAGUGCUCAGGCUAUUGCAAAUCGCAUUUGAGCGUCGUCUGAUAUUUACGAUAGGACGCUCAGUUACAACGGGACGCGAAGAUGUUGUUACGUGGAAUGAAAUUCAUCAUAAAACUGAAUUGGGACCUUCGACAUCGGGACACGGCUAUCCCGACAAAAGUUAUCUCGAAAGAACGCUCAGCGAACUUGCUGCUCAAGGUGUCACCGACCUUAUACAAACUCCAGCCUGCAAUGCUCUUUAUCAAGAGCUGCCGUAAAAAUUUUUAUUAAUUGGCAUAUGCCUAUUUUAUUGAAAGAUUUUCAAAAAGAUCCAAAACAAUGGAUUAUUAUGAAGAAAAUUCAUAUACGUUUUAAAAAGGUACUAAACUCGUAACGUAGUACAACGAAAACACGUGGUCGAAUCGUUUGCUGCUGAAUUUUCCUAUUUACACUUUUUCAACGAGCGCUCAUUAAUUUUUCGGUAUCGAUCAUUAUUGAUAAUGGGUACUCGUACACUUUGAAAGCGGACUAGGUAUAUAUGAUGAUAUUUGUUCAAUUGGUCAAUUUCUAAAUUUGAUCGAAUUACUUUUUUGGCUUAAGGUGAUCUAUCACUUGUGUAAGUGCGAAAGAGAUAGCUGCAAAAUUGUUGCACGAUUUACUCGGACAUGCUUAAUUUUUUGAGAAAAAUAAAAGUUACGCCUUGUUCUCUGAUAAAAUAUUUUUUCUUUCAAAUAUCAAGCUACUCGGAAUAAACCGUGCAACAGCAUUUUUACCGACUGAACAAAUGAUAGAUCUCUAAGUUUUGUUUUACGUAAUAAACUUAAAGUCAACUGUUU